UGAACAUUCCCUCCACUCUCUUAAUCACAUUUCCCCCUUCUUUAUUAUAAUAUCCUUCCAUCCUCUCCACCCAUCACUCACUCACUCAGGUUCCCCCAUUUCCCAUAUGUCUGACACUCUCGCCGACCUCGCCUCUUGGCUCCCGUCGGACUUUCUCUCCGGCGACAUCACCCACCACCCCCCUUACGACUUCGCCUCCUCUUCUUCCACCGAGUCUGAGAGCGACGACGAUGACGUCAUCCCCGGGUUAACUCACCGCUUCACUCGCUCUGUUUCUCUCCAAGAGCGCCUCAAAGUACCUUAUACUAUUCAGAAGAAGAGGGUUUUCUCUGUUUCGCCGGAAUCUACUCUGAACUGGAAUGCUUGUGGGCCUACGCACGUUCGUUCGUCUCCAACGACGCCGUUUGGUCAACCGGAUAACGACGCUUUGGAACUCAUCUACGCUGCUGCGGGUCAAGUCGCCAGGAUGAAAAUGAACGCCGUCAAUCACGCCGUUUAUGGUUCCAGAAGUCUACUCGGAGCCCCACGUCCUGUCGGACCUCCUCUCUCUCAUCUUAACCGAAACUGUACGAUGUUCAAUGAAAAACAACAAAUGUUCUUCCGGCAACAACAGCUUCGCGACAGAUUUUCCGGCGGCCCUAACUACCCCGCCGCCCCUCGGUUUGUUUCCGGCAGACCGGUAGGUGUUGGUCAGCCUGCAUGGCCUCCGUAUCCAGUUGAAAGGCGUCAACAACCCGGUAACGAAUUCGGGUUGAAACCCGUACCCGUCGGAUCUAACGGCCGUAGUAUCCCCGCUGUUAAAAAGGGUUGUGCCGGUACCGGCGUGUUUCUGCCUCGCAAUUACAGUAAUGCCCCUCCUGAAACGAAGAAAAACCAAGUUUGUUCGGCUGCUAAUCCGGCAGGUAGAGUGUUGGCUCAGUCUAUGAACAAAAAUCAUGACCCAAUAGUCAAAAAAGCUCAAGCAAACAUGAACGGCGUGUUUCUCCGACAAAAUGAAGCUCCAGCAGUGGCUCAACACCACACCAACGUAAAAUGUGAUGAGCUAGCAGAAAUGAUAAUGGCCCAGAGACAAAGGGCCGUGAUGUUAGCCCAACAACGUCGAAGCAGCAGCCAUGAGAGUGUACCUGAAGUGGUCCUGCCUCAGGAAUGGACAUAUUGAGUCCAUUUUCUCGAAUCAAGGUUAAACGAUGUCGUUUGUUUCCCCAAAAAGUGAAAGGUAGAUAGAAGGUACAACAGAUAAGUAGGGAUUUCGAUUUCAAUUUCAACAGUGGUAGAUGUAGGAAGAGUAGUGCUAUUAUUACUAUUAUAUUAUAGGGUUAAAAAAUUAAAUAAAGGGGAUCCGAGGUGGGUAUUUGAAAUGAACUUUUGUUGGGGGGUGGUUUUGUGUGAAAGGAAAAGUGUAAGGGGGAGUUAGUAAAAGAAUAAAUAAUGUUUUUGUUUGAAUGGAACUGGAAGGAAGCGUUUGUUUGUUGUUUUUUGGUGAAAAAGGGUUAGAAUUGUAUUUCGGGAUGUGGAAUGUUUGGAAAAGUUGUCUCUUUUA